AUGACGGCAGAAAUCAAAGUCGUCAAGAAAGUUAACUUUCUGGAAGCGCCGGAUCCAUCGAGCUCUACGGAUUCUAACGCAUCUGACUUUGACAUUUCGGACAUGCCAGAUGUCCCCGGCGAUGUUGUCGAGCACAAUCGAUCGACGAAGUCCUCCUCGAGCAAGAUCAAAUAUGAAAUUGAAAAUUUACGAGCUGGAUCAACAUCUUCUAUCGGCAGCGAGGCAAUGUCUUCUUACAUGUCAGAGGAGGACGACGAUUUUGACCCGAGCGAAAAUUUAUCCGCUAACUUCUCACGCUCGAAUAAAAUUGGUGUUACUCGAUGGGACAGCAAUGUUUCCACUCUUACUGGCAUCAGACCUUUUUAUCAAAAGAAACUUCCCUCGCCAAAGAAGUCCUCUCCACCCUCGAUCGGAAGAACUUUUUCAACAGGAAGUCUCAAGCGCCGAGCGCCUCCACCACCAUCAAAACCUAAGGAGAACUCGACAAUUCCAAGAGCGAAAACGCCUCAGUUUGAAAAUCGGCCCAUUGUUCACGAGUCUCCGUUUAAUUUGCAACCGAUUAGAGUUCUAGGGGCAAAGGGGAAGGGGAACGGCGCCUUUUUACGACCUCCUAAGGGUAUCACUUUGAUUCCUGGCGGUGGAUGCUGGGCUGUCGACAAAGGAAGAGUCGUUGUCUUCAAUUCUAGUUGGGAAGCAACAGAACCCAUCAAAAUCAAUGCUGCCGCCAAGCCUACUUGUCUGACGGUAACCCCGGACAAGUCGAUCGCGAUGGUUUGCAAGCGGACUGUUACGCUGUGGACUGCCAGUGGCACGCUAACUUCGACAUUCACCCAUCCAGAUUUUAAAGACCUGCACGGCGUCUGCAUCGAUAGGGAGGGCCGCUACGUUCUCACAGACUUGGAGAAAAACUCCGUCACAGUUUUUGGAGCGACGGGGAAGCUGUUUUCUUUCGGCAGCUUUGGGCCCAAAAAUGAUCAGUUCAAGUCGCCAAGUUAUGUCACAACAGGACCAGACAAUCGAAUCUACGUUUCUGACCAUCACAAUCACUGUGUCAAGAUUUUCAGCGACAAGGGCGAGUUCUUGUCGAGAUUCGGAAGAAAAGGGAGAGGAGAUGGGGAGCUCAGUUUUCCGGAGGGAAUCGUCUUCUUGGAUUGGGCGAAUGGAUUGCUCGUCGCCGAUGAAGGAAAUAACAGAAUCGAUUUUUAUACGGCAGAAGGAAAGUUUCGAAAUCAUAUUCUUGUAGAAGUAGACGGUAUUAUCGCACCCCGAGUCCUCGUCAUAAACGAAGAUCGGCUUCUAAUGGUUUCAUCUCAAUCACACCACAUUAAGCUCUUCGAUUUGUCGGCGAUUCGUUUUGCCACGUAA